AUGAGUGUUUUGAAUAACCCGCUUUAUCGUCCACUCUUGGAGGUACUUAGAUCGUCGAGAAAUGGGAUAGUGUACGGGGGUAAGAUUCGUUUUUCUCAUGCGUUGGUGAUUAAUUUGUUGUAUAGGUCUGGGCCGCUUAAACCAAGAUUGCAGCAGGUGUUGAAGGCCACCAAGAACCAUGCCGAGGUGUUAGCUGGAUUCGCGAUAAUAUAUAAAUUCGCUGUGAACGUGUUGGUUAGCGAGAAGAUCAUGGGGACUGACAAGUUGGGAUUGGUGAAAUUUCUUGCUGGGUGUUUUGGAUCGUGGGUAGUUUAUUCACAGCAUUUCAACUACUUCAACCCGGGAAUUACGCACCAGGUUACACUCUAUUGUUUCUCGAGAGUGUUGAUUGCGGUGGGUAAGAUUCUACUCGAUAACUACUUGAAUUGUAGACAACCUACGCUCUAUCUGGCCAGUGGAGAACUGAUCCCAUAUGCCAAGUUGACAGGCAACCAGCAGAAGAAGUUGAGGUCGUCUGUGUAUAACAAGACGUGGAAAUACUUUGCGGUGUUGACAUGGGGAUUAGUUAUGUUCAUCUACGAUUACCAGCCACAAUACUUACAGAGUUCGUUGAGACACUCCAUGGCGUACAUCUAUGAUGUGGAAAUGGAUGAGUGGUCCACAUGGAGAGAUUUUUUCGGGUUCUAA